AUGUUUUGCGAACGUUUGAUCUGUUUUUGUUGCCCGCCGACAAAUAAACCCAAUCGAAGCGUUGCACCAAUUUCAGCACCUGCAAUACCGCCACCGGUGUCGGCUCCGGCAAGAGUUAAAGUAAAGAAUAAAAAGUCCGAUCUAACGUUAGCGGCUGUUGUUAUUAUUCAAUCAUGGUUUCGACGAAGACAAGCUCAUUUCGAAAUACGCCGGAAGGCAGCAUGGACGAUCUAUCAAAAUAUUGAAUAUGCCGGCGAACAAGAUCAACUUAAGUUGUACAAUUUCUUCUUGGAUCUCAUGCAAGCAGUGACGAAAAAUCCGCGCGAUGCACUCGUUGUGGCCAAAGUUCUACGGCGAACUUCUAGUCUAAGCGGUGCAGCUGAAGAUAUCGAAUUAGUCAAUAUCACUGGACCAGAUACAGUCUUUGUUGAGCCAUCAUAUAAGGGACCGCAUAUUCAACUUCCGAUUAAUAAAGAACAAUUCGAGUCAUUAAUUCUAGCUUUCCAACGAGGAGAAUCUCUUCAUGCGCAUUACGUCCUAUUAAUUUUGCAUGAAGUCCGAAAGAUACUCAAACGUUUGCCAAAUGUAAAUAUUGUUUCUACGCAUCACUCAACAUUUGUAACGGUCGUCGGCGAUCUCCAUGGUAACUUAUCUGACUUAAUGUUAAUCUUCCAUAAGAACGGUUUGCCAUCGAAUGAAAAUCCUUAUAUAUUCAAUGGUGAUAUUGUCGAUCGCGGAUCUCACAGCAUGGAACUAUUUCUAUUGAUCAGUGUUGCUUUUAUUGUCUAUCCGAAUAAUGUUUACAUUAACAGAGGAAAUCAUGAAGAUCACGUACUGAAUCUAAGAUAUGGCUUUAUGAAAGAAAUCAUUCGCAAAUACAAAUCACAAUCGACGAAACUUUUGCAUUUAUUUGAAAACAUCUAUAGUUGGAUGCCUGUAGCAAGUUUAAUUGAUGAUCACAUCUUUGUCGCUCAUGGUGGUAUCAGUGAUAUAACCGAUUUGAGCAAAAUCAAUCAAGUCAAACGAAAUAAAUACGUUUCAAUUCUGAGUCCAAGUUUCAUCAUACCCGAAAAUGAUGAACGAUGUCAAAUCGACGGUCUUUCCAAUGAACAACUACUCGAAUGGAGACAAAUGCUCGAUUUGCUCUGGAGUGAUCCGAAGCAAACGAACGGUUGUGAAGCGAACACUUACCGCGGUGGUGGAUGUUACUGGGGACCAGAUAUAACUGAAAAGAUCCUAGAAAAACAUAAAUGGAGUUUGCUAAUUCGGUCACAUGAAUGUAAAGAAGAUGGUUUUGAUUAUUGUCAUGAUAAAAAGGUGCUAACAAUAUUUUCCGCAUCAAAUUACUAUGCAGCGGGCAGCAAUCGCGGUGCCUAUGUGAAGAUUUCCAAGAACCAAUCACCAGCAAUCGUACAAUUCAUGGCAACGAAAACGACAAUUAAACCGUUGACACUUUGGGAAAGAGUGUCGUAUGUUGAAGAGCAAGCGCUCCGAAAUCUUCUGGAAAAAUUCAGUGCAAAUAAAAGUCGAUUGAUGAAAGAAUUUCUCCUCAAAGAUCCGAACCGAACUGGGCGUAUCCUAUUGAAUGACUGGUGUGAUAUUGUCACCCACGUGCUGGAAUUGCAAUUACCAUGGCGAACGUUGAAAUCACGUCUGGUUGAUAUCGAUCCUGAUGGCUCGGUUCUGUAUGAAACAACAUUUCGCUCGCAGGAAUUACAAUGCGCACUCAAUUCGAAAUUGACAAGUAGAAGAGAAAGUUUAUGUCAAGCGAUAUACCGUAACAAAGACCUACUUGAAACAGUCUUUCGAGCUAUCGAUCAAGAUAAUUCAGGCGUCAUUUCCAUGAAAGAAUUCACCGACGUAUGUGUGUUUCUCGGCAAUCACAAUGGAUCAACAUUUGAUGAAAAACAAAUCAUGGAUUUAGCAUCAAGUAUUGAUCUCGAUAAGAAUGGUGUUAUUGAUUUCAACGAGUUUCUCGAAGCAUUCCGCAUUGUCGGCGCGGAUGAUAUCAAUCGAAAACGAGCUAGUUGA